GAAUUACGGAAAGAUAGAGAAAAUAUAUACAUGUAGUUUACGCUAAGAUAGAAAAUAUUUUACAUAUAUAAGAAUUACGAAAAGAUAGAGAAAAUAUAUACAUGUAGUUUACGGCAAAAUAGUUAAGGUUAUAGGUAUAGAAUUAUGGAAAGAUAGAGAAAAUAUAUACAGACUGCCUACAACGAGAGAGGAGAUGUGUACGAUUUCAUUCGGCAAGUGAUGUGUCUCCCGUUCCUUCCAUCAGAACAGAUUGUGGAGACUUUCAUGAGGCUGGAUGACCGCGUCACAUCACCGGCAUUAGCAUCCCUGAUGGAUUAUAUCGACAGAACAUGGAUUCGAAGCAGAACUUUCCCCGUCAGCUCGUGGUCCAUUUUCAUGUCGGCUAUUAGAACCAACAACGACGUAGAAGGGUGGCACAACAGGUUGAAUUCCCGAGUCAACAUCAGGGGUCCCGUUCCAUUUUAUCUGUUGUUGCAGGAGCUCUUCAGGGAAGCCACCGCGAUCCCCCUUCAAUCAAAGAUGGUUUGCGAGAACAAGCUCGCAAGAUACCAGCGCAAGAAAACACGGGACAUUCAGAGGGAAGUCUUUCGUUUGUGGGGACAGUAUACAGAUGGUGAGGUUUCAACCUCCCAGCUGAUGCGGAGGAUAGGACGUUUGUUACAUUGAAAGUGUGUUUAUGUAGAUGAACUGUAGUGUUGUGUUGUGUAGUGCUAUGUGUUGUGCUGAUGUAGUGCUAUAGUUGUUUAUAGAUAUGUAUAUAGUUUGUAGUGCUGAAUGAACAUUUUGUUAGUUUAUUUCCAGGAUGGUCCAAUCAUGCAAUGUUAAUUUAUGUAGCGCUUAUGUAGUUCUCUCGUAGUUUUGUUCAUAGAUAUGUUUAUAGAUUGUAGUGUUAAUAGAUAUCAUGAAUUAAAAUAAAAAAAAAAAAAAAAAAAAUUAAUAAUAAAAAAAAGCAAAAAAAAAAAAAAAAAAUAUGGGGCUUCAGAAAAGCAGGGUCCACGUCCCGAGUCCUGGGUACACAGAUAUACAUGUAUAUUAUAUAUUAAUUUAUUGUGUAGCGAAUGCUUUUCAACAGCAUGUCAUAUAAUAUAUGCAUUUAUGUGGUAACUUGUUUUUAUUAUUAAUUGAUUUAUAUUAUAUAAUUUCAUUUUACAUCAUUGUUAUUUUUAUGAACUUAUAAUAAAAUUAUUGUUUGUUACACUGAUAUUUUUACACUGUUAUAUUUGCUUGUUAUUAAUGAUAAUAAAAACAUUACAUGUGCGUUGUGGUUUUGUGCUGAUUUUCCAUAAUAUUCUCAUGUAGUUUUAUGCAGCUUCGGGUCAAAAGUCUUUCCGUAACAUUACAGAAAUAUUUCCUAGAGAAAAAAAAAGAAUAUAUUAGCCUACCAAAUGGAUGUUAACUACGCAGACUUUUGACCCGUGGCACGUGGCAGAGUUCAUCACAACCCGGAAGAAAAAACGUAGUAAGGGACAUAACCCUAACUAUCGUAAAGAAACAUACAGAUGUUGAACCAAACAACAGAACUGCAAUUAAUACAAUUAUGAUAGAAUAUAAAUUAUUUUAGAAGUCUACCGAAACGUCCUAUCAAUGUCCCGAAAUAUCUUGAGAAUGUACCGAAACGACUCGAUACGACUUCGAGUCGUUUCGGUAGUCCCGAAACGACUUGUUACCGAAACGACUUGUUACCGAAACGA